GUCGCCAUGGAAGCCAAUGAGAGGACCAUCACCCUCGAUUUUGAUGAGGCAGAUUGUACAGAGACGAACAUCUACUCGUCAGACUACGUCCGUCACUGACUGUCCGAUCGCGACCAAAGGGGAAGGUGGAUAUGAAGGGAUCUCGCUUUCCCCUGACCACGUCGAAUGAAUUAUUGCUUGGUGCGCCUUCGUGCUGUCCACCAAUUUCCCGCCAUCCCGAUCCGUCCGAUGAAUGUGCUGGUCCGGACAGUAUAUAGGAGAGGAAAGGCCAAGGGAAUCUCUUCUCGAUUCAUUCAUGCCACUUGUCUAUCCCCAGAAAAGCAAACCUCCUCUAAAUCGACGUUCGUUUCAUACGCUCAGUAUACACCUAGUCCUCUUUCAAUUCGACCAUAAUACUUUGGACACUCCACCCCUCGGUCUCUCAAUCUCGCGCCAGACACUCCAGCUCAGAUCAUUCCACAAUAUGCGCUUCACCACCCUUUUUACUAGCGUUCUCGCUGCUGUCUCUUCGGUCGCCGCCCUCUCGGUUCAACCUCGAUCAGCUCCCAGCGUAGAGAUGAGCCCGCGAAACCUGCACGAAUUCGCCUCUCGUCAAGUCGUAGCCGGUACGGUCUGCGCCACCGUCGGACCCGUUGUAACACUAGGAAUCACCGUGGUUCCCAAUAUCUGCCUCUGUACCGAAGCUGGUGUUCUGACUCCCGAGUCGCUAGCACGACUGCAGGCCCAGAUCCGUCUCUCCCAAACCAACAACCCCAUUCUCAACACCGUCACUGGCCUUCUUCAAAACACCGUCGCCACCUUGACCGGUCAGGUCGCCGCCACUCCCGCUACCUGCAGCUACCCUGCCAACUCUUUCCCCUUGUGCACGGGUACCAGCCCCGCCGGAUGCAACUUUGGAUGUGACAGUGGCUUCACCCGAUGCAACGGUGCAUGUAUCCCCAGUACCCAGGUCUGCCCUACCAACCAGGCCAGGAAGCGAGACCAGACUUCCGCCAGGAUUUGCCCUCAGGACUGGUUGGCCUGCCCCGUCAACAGCGGUAGGAAGACCGCUUGGGAAUGUGUGCAGGUACAGACCGACCUUGAAUCAUGUGGUGGAUGCGCCGCUCUCGGUCAGGGUACCGAUUGCACCGCUCUUCAGGGAGUCGACGAUGUUUCGUGCAUUGCUGGUAAAUGCCAAGCCAACUCGUGUCUCCGGGGCUUCGCCAUCAACGGUAGCGAAUGCUCGCCCGUCGACACCCUCAAGCCCCGACGAAUCGCCUUGCUCCAGUGAUCUGAUCCCUCCCUCAUCUGGAUCUGAGAUCCGGUAUCUCCAUGAACAUUUUCGUAUGAUCCGUAUCUCUAUACGCUCGCUUUCCGGUAGCAUCGAUAUUUCUUCGUUCGUUUUGCUCGGUCUCAUAAUAGAAACGCCUCGUAAAGAGCGAUGGCUAAAAGCUGUACUUCUAGUGUAUUAUCGCUUGAUUCCAUCUGCAUUUCCAUGGCCGUUCAAUUGAAAUGAUUCAUAUAGGUAAAUAGAUCCAGACCCGAGGACAAGCGUAGAGAGCAACAUGCUAAAUUAUAUAAUACAAUGGACAUAGCCAAUCAUCAUAUUUGUGC